AUGUCAGCCUCUGUUUCCAAUAACUCAACGCCCAGAAAGAACAUUGAAGAGGUUUCCUUUAUUCCAGAUACAGCAUCUUUCCAAAGUGGUUCAACAUUCAGAGCCACCCCAACUAAAUCAAUAAAGAGACAUACAUUUGGAAGCCCUCGUUUCCCUUCCAACUCAUCUUUAAACUCAUCUAUAUCCAGAAGUCGAAGAUUUGACGAGCGUUUGACAAGUCGGUUUAGCGACAAGGCAAGAGAAACACAUACGCUAGAUCUACAUCAAGACGAUGAAGAUAAUCAUGAAGAAGCCAAUAUAACAUCGAUCAAGUGGGUCAAUUUACAAAAACUCAAUGGAUGUCUACAUGAUGGAAAAGCUAAGACACUUUACGGAGACCCAACAUGUAUUGUUCCAGGAGAUGUGGUGGCUAUAGGUACUUCAAAAGGUUAUAUUCUAAUAUUUGAUUAUCAUCAAAAUUUGUUACAUUCUUUAGGUAAGAACACAAAGGCUAUGACCUGCGGUAGCAUAACUUCAAUUGCAAUGUCUUUGGAUUCAACACAUGUUGCGUGUGGUUUUGAAAGUGGUGAUGUGUUUUUAUGGAAUAUCAGGACAUCUUCUAAACCACUUUGCCAUAUUCAACCAUUAAAUGAUACAAAUAUGCAUAGUGAUGGCCAUGUUGCUGGUUCAAUAGUCAAUAAUCUUACAUUUGUCGGUAAAAGACAUACUGUUUUAAUCUCAAGUGAUGUUAAUGGAUUGGUUUUUUAUCACCAGUGUAAUAGAGGUGUUCUAGGAGUAACUGUUGGGACUAGAAAGAUACUUGGAAGAUAUGAAGAUAUACAACUACGAAGACCAACCACGGUUUUUGGAUGUACAGCCCUACCUCUGGGUCCAUCUGUUGAGCUUUUGGACGCUCAGGGUCUCGUUGCUAUCCUAAGCUCGAGUGCAUUAGUUAUAAUAUCCACUUCAAACAACAUAAAGACACAGUUCAAAGUGGGCAAACCAAAAGUUAUUGAUCAGUCUGUAGGUAAAACAGGCUGCCUUUCUUGGUUCCCAGCAUUCUUACACAAGAAUGGUGUCAAGUCCCCUGCAAAACUUGCAUAUUGUUGGUCUAAUGUUUUGACUGUGUUGGAGGUUACAAACUAUGGUGAACAUCUGCAGUUUGAUUCAAAAAAGAGGUGGUUGUGUGAUGAAGCAAUACUGGGAGUUCAAUGGGUUAGUCAUUCAGUUAUUGGACUAAUAACAACAACUCAGCAACUGAUAUUGAUCACUGAAAGAACAAUGAAAGUUUCUGCAUCAAUAGAUUUACUUUCAAGACAUAUUUAUAAAAAUGAUAUUUACUCUAGAAUGCCCACACACUCCACAUUAACAAAUAACUUCAAUAGCUCAUAUAGAAUCUACAAGGGAAAAAUGUUUCUUGUUGGGAAAUAUGAAAUUUUCAUUGGAUCAACUCCAAACUGGAUGGAUGUCUUGUAUGAAAAAGUUAACAGGGGUCAGUACAUUGAAGCCAUAGAAAAAGCGAGAAAAUUUUAUGCUGGUGUGGGUGAUUUAGAUGUUGUUGGAUUGCCUCGUGAAUUCAAUGAUAGACAAAAGAUUGUGCUUCGUUAUUUGGUGGAUAUUGUCAAGGCUUCAGCUACACAUAUUUUGACCCCAGAAAGGUUAAACAAUGAAGAAGAUACCGUUGUCAAAGAUUUUUUAUACACUUCAAUUAAAGCCUUGAUAUCUAUUCAUGCUGACUCGGUUGUUUAUGAAGAUUUUUACGAAACUUUCAAAGUGAACAAUCACGUUGACUAUUUCUUUGAAUCUCUGGAACCAUUCAUAUUGGGUGGGUUGAUCACCUCAUUGAGUCCAAUAGUACUCAAAGAUAUGGUUGCUUAUUAUAGCUCAGCAGGGAAAACAGAGGUUCUAGAACAAUUGAUUUGUCUUUUAGAUAUCAAGAGCUUGGAUAUAGAUUUCACCAUUAGCCUUUUACAGAAAAACAAUUUGAGAGAUAGCUUUAUAUUUAUUUGGAAUAACUUGUUGAAUGAUUACAUCACACCAUUUGUGGACUUUGUCAAAGACAUUCAAGAAGGUAAAGAGGAUUCUUAUAAAGUUUUCAGUUAUUUGGCAUAUACACUUACAGGAAGACAAUACCCAACGGAGAAUUUGAUUGAGGAUUCAAGAGCCUAUGAAGCAAAAUUGUCAUUAUACUACGUUUUAUUUAACGGUAUGGCCAUUACUUGGCCUAAGCAAGGUGGAUCAUUGAUUGAAGUAAAGUCUGAAAAUAAUGAAAAGUUUCCCUACUUGUUGUUAUUGUUGAGAUUUGAUUCAAGUUCCUUUUUGUCGGCAUUGAACGAGUGCUUUGAAGAUUCAUUGUUGAAUGAUGAUGAAAUUAUUCAUGAGGAUUUCAAGUUAAAAGUCAACAGACAAUUCAUCAUAGAGAUAUUGAUUGAAAUCUACAAUCAAAAUGAGUUUAGUUUUGAAGAUCAAUUAAGUUUAUCGAUUUUCAUUGCAAGAAACUAUCCAAAAUUUCAACAAUUUAUCAGACUCUCAGAAAGUGUCUUAGAGAGUUCAAUUCAGAAAUUGUGCUCAUAUGAAGGUGAUGACUUGAAAGAAGAUUGUGAGCUUAGUUUACAAAGCUUGUUAUCUGUCUAUCAACCUUCAAAUAGGGAUGAACUUUUGAGCACUUUUCAAAAUGCUGGAUUUACUGAUGUCUUGAUGAAUCUAUACUUGAAUGACCAAAAGUAUGCAGAUGUUUUGAGCUUAUGGCUAAAGAGUAACAAGUCAAACUCAAUAGAAACUACUGAUGACAUUUUGGAAAGAUGUUUUAGAUCAACUGAGAAUAAACCAAAAGAAAGGGCCAAUGUUGAAAAAGUUGUCAAUGAUAAUUUUGCUGAUUUGAUUGAAGCUAAUACCCACAAAAUUGUCAAAAUUUUGAAUGUUUAUUCACCCAAAUCUCAUAAACUUGUUUUGAAAUUAGAUGAUCUUCAUCUCAAACACCUUUAUUUAUCUUCAUUAUCAAACUUAGAGGAAAAUGGUCAAUUCAAAAUGUCUAAGGAAGAACGUGAUGAAUACAUCGGAACUCUUGCCAAAUUCGAUAAAAAGGAGUUGGAAUCUUAUGUGAAAUCAUUAAGUCUGUCAGACUUUGAUUUCAAAAAAUGUGUUGACUCCCUCAAGGAGAAUGAGGCCGUUGAUACUUUGGUUUACCUAUACAAACAACAAGAUCGAUAUGAGGAUGCUUUGAGUGAAGUAUUGGAUUAUAUGCAAAAAUUAGUGAACAACUUGUCCACUUUGCAAGCAGAUUAUGAAAAAGGUAAAUUCCAAUCUGUUGAAUCAAAACUUUGGAAGUAUUUACUAUUGGGUAUCAACAUAUCAAAUCAUGAAGGAUCAACCACUCAAACUAGAGUUUCAAGUGAGCUUUCAGUUAAUGAGAAGAUGUGGUUGUCAUUGAUAAAUUUUACAGUCAAUUUGUUUAAAAAAUUUGAUAAAGAUGGCACGUCAUCGAAAGCUUUGGAUAUCAUCAAAAGACUUGUUCAGGAUUUAUUCACAAGUCUUAUAAAUACUAGGGCCCAGAUCAGCAGUUUUAAAGUCAAUGAAUCAGGGGUCAACGAACAUCAGAGCUCAUUUUUGAAAAUAUUUGCGAAAUUUUUGGAAUCAUCUUCAGUUCAUGUUACGCUAUUGGGAGAUGUAAGGUCUGUUACAAAUGAAAUCUAUCUUGCCUUUUCUUAUGAGAAAAACAUUCUUACUAUUACCUCCAAACUAAUAAAUGAAGGUAUUUAUCAGAAUAUGCAAAAGCUGACUGACAAAAAUCUAGCUGGUUGGUCUGUGUUGAAUUUUGAAUGUGAUGCAUGUGGGAAGACAAUUUGGGGUAGAGGGAUCGAAGCAGAAGCUUAUUGCAAGUGGGAAGACAGACAACGUGGUAAGACUAUUGAAGAUGGUGAUGUCUAUGAUUUAGUUUCAUUUAGCUGUCGCCAUUGUUAUCAUAAGAGGUGUCUUGAAAAUUUAGGUGUAAAAGAGAACUUAACAUGUGUUAUAUGUGACAAUGAGAAAUAA